AUGCCUCUCAAUCUAAGAGCUGCGUUUCGUCGCCAGCAGGCCGAAGAUGUCGAUACCUCUGUACAAAUGGAUCGCACCAAAUCGGCCACAGUGACAGACGUACCGAUUUCCGAAAGAGACACUGAGGCCGGCAAUGGACCUACCUCUGGUGUUGUGGACACCUCUGGAGGAGAGCGUGUCAGCGAGGAUGCUCAGCGCGGUGUCCAACAUGUCGAAGCAGUGACCUUGACUUGGUCGAAAAAGACCCUGAUUGCAGUUUUCUUCAACAUCUGGCUACUUUAUUUUGUCAAUGCAAUGCAGUCCUCCAUUCUGUCCAACCUGAUCGCGUACGCUACAAGUGACUUUAGCAGUCACUCGCUGUUAUCCAUCAUUUACGUUGUUUCGGAUGCCAUGACAGCAGCAGUCUACAUUCCCCUGUCCAAGACCCUGGAUGUGGUCGGACGAGCCGAGGGAUUCGCUAUCAUGGCUGUAUUUGCGACAUUGGGACUCAUCAUGCUAGCGUGCAGCAACGGCAUCACUCUCUUCUGCGCCGCAUACGUUUUUUACAAUAUCGGGUUUUCGGGCAUGACCUACUGCAUCGAUGUCAUCACCGCCGAUGCAUCGACGCUGCAGAAUCGGGCCUUGGCUUUUGCCUUUACUUCUUCACCGUACAUCAUUACCGCAUUUGCCGGACCCAAAGCCGCGGAAGGGUUCUACUACGACAUUAGUUGGCGUUGGGGUUUUGGUACAUUUGCCAUCAUCUUUCCCUUCGUCGCCGCUCCUUUAUUCUUCAUCCUCAAGUACAAUCUGCGCAAGGCACUGCAGGAGAAGCUUGUCAUUGCAGACACUAGUCGCACCUUCAUGCAGAGGAUGUGGGGGUACUUUCUAGAUUUCGAUAUUGUCGGUGUCCUCAUCUUCUCCAUUGGCCUCGUCGUUUUCUUCCUGCCGUUCGACCUUGCGGCGGACCAGCCCGACGGCUGGAAUACGGGCUGGAUUAUUGCCAUGAUUGUAGUUGGGUUCAUGAUGGUAUUUGCUUUUGCGAUUUGGGAAUGGAAAUUCGCUCCGUCUCCAAUGCUGAGCCUGACCUACAUGACUGAUCGCACUGUCAUUGGUGCCUGCUUGUUGGACGCCACCUACCAGAUCUCGUACUACUGCUGGGCCUACUACUUUACGUCCUUUCUGCAGGUUGUCAAUGACUUGUCCAUUGCCGAGGCUGGAUACGUGAGUCACACCUUUGACGUGGUCGGUGGCGUCUUAUUACUUCUCGUUGGUUUCCUGAUUCGCCGAACCGGCCGCUUCAAGUGGCUUCUGUACAUUGCUGUCCCGCUCUACAUCUUUGCCCAGGGCUUGAUGAUCUACUUCCGCCGGCCGAACCAAUCUGUUGGCUAUUUGGUCAUGUGCCAGGUUUUCAUCUCCAUUGGCGGCAGUAUCUUCAUUCUUGUCGAGCAGCUGGCCAUCCUCGCCGCCGUCGACCACCAACAUGUGGCCUCGGCCUUGGCUGUGCUCAACGUGGUCGGCACUCUCGGUGGCGCUAUUGGUUCAACUAUUUGCGGCGCCAUCUGGACCAAUACGUUCCAGGCUGCGCUGGAAAAGUAUCUUCCCAGCGAUGUACUUGAUAAUAUUGAUGCCAUUUAUGACGACCUGGAUACCCAACUGAGUUACGACAUUGGCAGCCCCGAGAGAAUCGGCAUUCAGGAUGCCUAUGGGUACGCGCAGACACGCAUGUUGACUGCUGGCUGCGCAAUUAUGGCGUUGUCUUUGUUUUGGAUUUUCCUUUUCCGAAAUAUUGACCUGAAGAAACAUCCCCAGACCAAGGGUAUGGUUUUUUAA